GGGGGAUGGGCUCCCGGCCAGCUCCUCCAGCAGCCUGACCUCUGCUCGCUGCCCGCAGAGCACAGCACCCACUGCCCCACGGCCCCGGGCACGGCACGGCCACACUCCUAUGGAGGAUGCUCUACAGGACAUACCAGUCAUACUGUCACCGCCUGCAGCACGACAUCUAUUUCCUCACCAGCAAUAGCAGACUGAAUGAGCAAGUGGUUGAUAAAAUUAUUCUUCAGCUUAACAGAGUCUACCCUCAAAUUCUUACCAAUGCAGAAGCAGAAAAGUUCCGGAAUCCAAAGGCAUCACUUCACACCAGGCUCUCAGAGCUGCUAAAGCACCUUCAGAAGAAAGGAGACAGACACUGUCAGGAGUUUUACAGAGCUCUACAGAUCAAUGCUGAACAGCUCUAUAAUGACCUGCCAAGCAGGAAAAUCUUGAAGACCACAGAUUCCACAGAAAUAGACACAUACAAGGAGAAAUAUAUGCUAAAUGACAGGGGUCCUGUGUUUUUCCUGGCUUGUUUUAGUGUUGCUGCAGGCUUUGCCUUAUUUUGGUACUGUUAUAGCUCAGAUACGAAAGUCAUAGGAAGAGCCAGGAGGAUCUUGGGCUUUUCUCCCAUUAUCAUAGGAAGACACGUUAGAAAUAUUUGUAUGUUGUAUUUGGAAGACAUAUCAAGAGAUUAAGGAGAAGCUGCCUCUUCACUUGCUGUACAGAGUGCCUGCCAAGGGAAGACAACGGGGCAUGAAUAUUCAUGUAUUAUAUUCUCAUACCAAAGAUUUUAUUAACUAGUGGCAUCUCUAAUUGUGUUGCCUCAAGAUGUAUUCAGGAUUUCAGCUAUAUAUGUCCUUUCUUAUGGGAAUGGACCAUUUAUUUUUGUAACUGCUUAUUUUAAAAUAUUUAUCAUUUGGGUAAAAAAAGUAUUUUUAAUACAAACUUUAAAAUUAUAUCCUAAGUGAUCAUGGGUCUUAAGCCAUGCUUGCCUAUAUGUUUUAUACUGAAAUGAAGGAGUACAGCUGUUUAAAGAAUGCUAACCUGUCUUGUGUCAGAAAUAAUUUUAGAAAGCACUUAAAAAACCCAACAUGCACUCAAAGCCUUACAAAGAAGUGGAUCUCCAUCUCAGGAUUGUCUGAUUUGUCUCAGUGACCCUGUGUGCCUGGUCCUUGCCAUGGUUCUGGUUCUGUCCAUGCCUUGUUCACAGCUCUGUGGGUGGCUGUGGUGUGGGGCAGACUGGUUCUCAGCCCAGGGAGACUGGAAUGGCUCAUCUGAAGCACUUGAAACUACCAAAAAAAAUGUUUCAGUUUUAUUUAGUUUUUCCUGUGUAGUGUUCUGCUGUCUGUGUAAUAAGAAACUGAAGUAAUCCAAGAUAUUUUGCAGGGACUUAAGUGCCACUACGUAGGGCUUUUUUUUAUAGACAAAUAUAUGUAUCCUGAGGUUGUUCAGAAUGUUCUUUGAUGAUGUUAUGUUUUUCUUAUGUGAGUUGAAACCUGAAAAACUUGCAGAAACCAUUGCAGGGCUGAAAUCCCUGAGGGAGGUGCAGAAGCAGUUUGGGGUUUCUUGGCUUUUUGAACCUAACCUUGCUCCUGCCCUGCUGAUUACAAAAGGAUUCCCUCUUCCAGGGUGGUGGUUCUGAGAUGACUGAGAAAUGGCAGAGCAGAAAGAGCUUGGGGAGACCAUGCCCCUGUGCUUGGUGAGAAUGAUGCUUUGUGUCCCUUUGUUCAGUGUCUGACUGAAGAGAUUUCCAGAUCAAAUCAAAUGUCACCUGAACAAAAGUUGCAGCUGCAUCAAAAGCUGCCAUGCACUCUGGGAUCCCAUGCAAAAGUUUAAGUCAGUUGGAGAGAUUUUCUCAAACUAGGCUGAGAAUUGUCUUCCAGCUUUAAACUUUAUUCAUGGUAUAAAAGUCUUUUCCAAAGUAAACAAUUUAAAAUAACUGCGUUUCCCUCCAGGACAACACUCACCUGAUAGAGCAGCAAGCACGUAAUCCAGAGAAGGAACUGAAUAGAGGGCCAGAUUUCAGAUAAAAGACCCAAAGAGCAUUUGCAGGAAGUAUCUUGAGGGAUGACAGAGGGCUCAGAGGACUCUGGUUUCACUCUUAGGAUGCACUGCUUUUACCUGGGGCACUGGAGUGUGGCUGGGACCUGAGCCAGCACCAUGCAGAGGCAGCCACAUCCUUCCUGAGGUCAGAUCUCAGGAAAAGGCAGUGUGGCUGUGGCUGGUGUGAGUGCAGUUUGUCUCACAAACCCAAAUGAAGUGAAACGGGCUGCAGGGCCAGGGCCAGAGCCAGCACCAGCUCUUUGGGUCAGUCCUCAUCCUGCCCAGCAUCAGCUGAGCUCCCGAUCCUGCUGCAGGGGAGGGCAGGGGUGUGAUAAGCACUGAUGGCUGCAGUGUCAGACCUGGCUCAGGUCUGGACAUCAACAAAGGAACAUCCAUGGGAGCAGUUUGUGCAGAUUUCCCCUCCCCUGCCUCCACCCCUCUUGCAUUUCCUCGAUGUCUCUGGGGCUGAGCACCUUUCCUUUCCAGGAUCAGCUCACCCCGAGGCUCUGCUGCACCAGGAGCUCCUGUCCUGCUGCCUCCCCCUUGGGAAGUGCUUUAAUUACGUGCUGUUGUUCUGUCUUGUGUCUAAGGUGACAAGAGGUUGGGUUUUCUUUGCUCUAAAUGGAAACACAAUGUCCUUCCCCACUGCUGCUCAGCCCCUGGAGCAGCCCCUUUUUAAGGGGCUGGGAAAAGCACCUUUGAAAUCUGAAGGGGUUUGAAAUCUUUGCCUUGAAGCCAACUUUGCAACCUUGUCAGAGGAGCAGUAUUCCAGUUUGCACACACAAACCAACAUUAUUCAAAGUAAUUGCAACACCUAAUUUUAAAGCAGCAACGGAGGCCUCAGUGCUGCUGGGCACCUUCUUUCUCUUUAGAUUAUCCACCGGUUUUUCCUUUGAAUAACAAGCUGUAAUUUCAGUUGCAAAGUGCUGUGAGCUAUGCUGAGACCCAAAGAAGUUACUGGUGCCUUAUUUAAUCCACAGGUGAGCUCCUGCUGUGCUUUCUGGUUCAAGAAAGCCUUGCAGCCCCAGGAACCCUCUUGGGUCCAUGAAAGUGCCCCGGGAACACACUGCCUGGGCACUGGGAUGUGGUCCUGCCAGUGCCUUAAACCAAGUGGCUUUCUUGAGCCUUGAAAACCAUGUGCAAUAGGAAGGUUUACUCGGGGGGGUGUCUGUGUUUCAUCCCUUUCUGAGGCUGCUUGGAGAUGGGGAAGCCUCAUGGAGGAUGGUGGGAUUUAGAAUAAGCUACAUCCCUCCCCUCCCCCAGGGCUAGGGCUGGGAGCAGAGAGGAAAAAAUGAGUCUUGAUUGAUCCCAGUGUUGUUAAAGGACCCGGCAGCAAAGAACAUAAAAUAAUCUGUGCCUUUAUUAGUGCUAGCUGUUAAUUUCAGAAGUGCAAGUGAGGCUAGUGAUGAACUUGAUGUGCACAGGUUGGGAGAUACUGUUUUUCUUGGAAGAUUUUUCUUUCAGGAGCAAAGACUGAGGUUCAACACACUUCUCCCCAAGCACAUCUGUGCAGCAAGUCCAGGUCCUUGUAGGCACACUGAGAGCAAUUCAAGCAGGGUCUUGGAUGAACCUGUCUGCCUGCAGAAUUCCAGCUUCUCCGUCAAGAAUAACUUGGCAUUUGCUGCUGAAGCUGUGCUGGUCUUUAGGCAUGUGCUUUACUCUAUGUGCAGGGAAGUUGUCCUGGCUGUGUGAGAUUCAGUAGGUGGUUAGAAGUGCAGAGAAGCCGUCCUGGGGAAUGCCACGCUGCUUGUGCUGCAGGCAGUGAUGCGCCUGAGCUCAUAAAAAGCAGCCUUGCUUCCAGCAUACCCACACCCUCUGCAGCCCUGGCUGCAGGAGGAGAAUGUUUGCUUUUCCCUUUGGCAGCAGAACUGUGCCUUUAGCUGCUUCGGGGGCUGAGGAGCCCCAGCUGCUGCCUGCAGGAUGCUCCAGGAGGUGAGCAGGGAGGUGCUGUGCUCUCCGGAGGGUCCACAUGGAGGUCAUGGAGCACUUGGCUCCUCUGCCAGCUCAGGUCCAGCUCAGGGACUUGGUGCAGGGCAUUGCUGCUGUGCAACCUCUGCAGGAGCCCCAAAGGAGGGGAAGGGAAUGAGCUCCAUGCUCUGCAGUCUGAGGACUCCUGAUAGCUACCCAAAAAUCAUAUUCCUUCUGUGUGAGUGUUUUUAAGGAAUGGGCUUUUUUAUUCUGAAGCGAAGCUGAACGGACUCCGCUUCUCCUCUCGGUGACUCCGGGGGGAGCGGAGCCUCCGAGGUGGUGUCCCAGGAGCCAGCCUUGGCAGGAGCUGAGGCUGAGGGUCCUCCCUCUGGUGACAGGUCAGACAGUGGAUUUGCACAGUCCCGUGUAAAACCAGGCUGCUAUUUAAAGCACCUCGGUACAAUCAGAUGUGGCUGGAAGGGCUGAAGUGAUGCUAAACUGAGCAGCUCCGGAGCUGCCGGCUCCAGGUUUCAAAGCUGCCAAGGCAAAGUUACCCCUCUUGCUUCUUGCACUUGUGAUUUGUUUUCUUCCCCCUCCUCGUACUGUAAUAAAUCACAAACAGAUCUGGUCAAAGUUUGCAGGUGUGGAUGCUUCUCCCUGCAGCUCUGUGUGCAGAGGGGUUGCCCUGACACUGGGACAUCCAAACUUUGCUGUGCUUUGCAGGUCCUGGGGGGUGGGGGGUUUGUAACCAUUUCUCCUACCAUGUAUCUUCAUGAAUUCUGUAGAAAUUAAUGCAAUUUGGAUUUUUUAAUGGGAUGAAGCUGGCAAUGAAACUGAAAUAAAAUCUGUGCUGAGAAAAACCCAA